AUGUCAUCCACGCAGGGAACCUUCAGCGUGACCGAGCUGGUUGGCAUUGUCAUAGGAACCACGGCAGCGGUACUCAUCAUCAUAUCAGUCAUCUUGCUCUCCGUCAUAAGGCGUAGGAGACGGAGGAGGGAAACGGCAGGCCUGGACUGGGGAUAUCAACCACAAAAAUGGGAGGAGACACUGCCAAAGCAAACCCAAGCUGUCCCUAUACCACACCAGGCGGUUAUGCGACAGGCAACACCUCCGAUGGACCUCUCGCCCAUCUUCUCUCCGACCUCUGCACAUAAUCUAGAGGAGGCACUCCUCCGUGCCGAAAGGGUGAACAGUUACCCACAGCCAGAACUACAACCAUAUGAACAUUCAUAUUCACAUUCACAAACGGCAUCACCGACCUCGCCAGUUCAAUAUAAUAAACACCAUCAACUCCCGGAUCUUCCUGCUCCCAUUACUAUUCCUCUUCACCACCAUAACCACCACCACCACCAACAACAACAACAACAGCAACAACAACAACAACAACAAUACAUCCGCAAAGAAACAGACUCCAUCUCUCCCCAAUCACCAACCUACUCAUCCCCCCUCUCGCCGCAAUACUCCUCCCCUCAACAACGCUUCGCACGCGCGACCACAACGUCCAACCCAGCCACCACCAUCAGCAGGCAGUCCUCGACGAGGAGCAGCAGCCGGCGGGACUGGCCGCUGCGGCGCCAGGAGUCGUCGUCGUCGGGUGGUGGCUUCAGGAGGCUGUCGACUCUGAGCGGGCGGAUACGCGGUGGCAGGCACAACAACGAGUCGCCGGCAGAGCUGUGGACAACGGCCAACGUGCCCGAGAUGGACGACACGCAGACUCCGAGGCCAAAGGCGCCGUCCUUCUUCGAGAGCCCCGUGCUCGGCACCAUCGGCCUGCACAACGUCAGCAUAGUCAAGCCCAAGCAGAGCAAGGGGAGUUUACGGACGGGUUCUGCAAGGAGUCGUGUUUGA